AUUUUACAGCCAGCCGGUGCUCCUUGGGCUAGCUGGGUAGGUGGGCGCGCGUGUCAAUAUAUACACAUCCUCCCAGAACCAACCAACCAACCUCCCAACCUCAAGCUUAGUUUUCUUGUGGCUUCUUCUGGGUCUCUUUCAUCGGUGAAAAAAGGUGAAAGGAAAUGGCACGCAAGAAGAUCAGAGAGUAUGAUUCCAAGAGAUUGUUGAAGGAGCACUUCAAGAGGCUCUCUGGAACCGAAUUGGCCAUUAAAUCUGCUCAAGUAACUGAAUCAACAGAUUUCAAUGAGCUAGUUGAAAAGGAACCUUGGCUCUCCUCUUCGAAACUUGUUGUGAAACCUGAUAUGCUAUUUGGGAAGAGAGGAAAAAGUGGACUUGUUGCCUUAAAUCUAGAUUUGGCUCAAGUUGCCGGCUUUGUGAAAGAACGACUCGGCAAAGAGGUUGAGAUGGGGGGAUGCAAAGGACCCAUUACAACUUUCAUUGUUGAACCAUUUAUACCACACAAUGAAGAGUUUUACCUCAAUAUUGUUUCUGAGCGGCUUGGGUGUAGCAUAAGCUUUUCAGAAUGUGGAGGAAUUGAAAUUGAAGAAAAUUGGGACAAGGUUAAGACUAUAUAUGUCCCAACAGGAGUGUCUUUCACAUCAGAGACAUGUGCUCCUCUUGUCGCAACCCUUCCCUUGGAGAUCAAAGGUGUAAUUGAGGAGUUUAUCAAAGUGAUCUAUGCUCUAUUUAUAGAUCUGGACUUCACAUUCCUUGAGAUGAAUCCUUUCACAUUGGUCGAUGGGAAGCCUUAUCCUUUGGAUAUGAGGGGAGAGCUUGAUGACACUGCUGCUUUCAAGAACUUCAAAAAGUGGGGAAAUGUUGAAUUUCCGCUGCCUUUUGGAAGAGUUAUGAGUUCUACAGAAAGCUUUAUUCAUGGGCUAGAUGAAAAGACAAGUGCAUCUUUGAAGUUCACAGUUCUGAACCCAAAGGGAAGAAUUUGGACUAUGGUGGCUGGAGGAGGAGCCAGUGUUAUUUAUGCAGAUACAGUUGGUGAUCUUGGCUAUGCUUCUGAGCUCGGGAACUACGCAGAAUACAGUGGAGCUCCGAAUGAAGAGGAGGUCUUGCAGUAUGCUAGAGUUGUAAUUGAUUGUGCAACUUCAGAUCCUGAUGGUCGUAAGAGAGCCCUUGUCAUAGGAGGUGGGAUAGCUAACUUCACCGAUGUUGCUGCUACAUUCAAUGGCAUUAUUCGUGCUCUGAAGGAGAAAGAGUCGAAGCUUAAAGCCGCAAGAAUGCACUUGUAUGUUAGGAGAGGUGGUCCAAAUUACCAAAGGGGUCUUGCAAAAAUGCGGACACUUGGAGAGGAAAUUGGCAUUCCUAUUGAGGUCUAUGGACCUGAGGAGACUAUGACUGGCAUAUGCAAAGAGGCAAUUGAAUGCAUCACUGCAGCUGCUUAAACCUAGCAUAUCUGCUUAUCUAUCCCGUCGUCUUCUUUCUGUUUUAGUAUGGUGAUUCACCCAAAAUGUUGGGAAUUCUAGUUGUAAACUUUUACUUUCAUAUGAGUGAACCAGUGAUAAUUGUUCCUACAAAUCAAGCUGUAACUGUACUUGUCUCAUGGACCCAUAAUAAAGAGCUCAAGUUUUUGUUAUCAAUAUCUAUCUUCUACCAUGGGCCACAACUGUACCCAAAGUAAUCAACUAAUCAAGUUACC